AUGGCCCUCGGCGGUCUGGGUGCCAUCCUGCUUGCUGGUCACCCGACACACGCGCUCGGCAAUGUCUUUUCAAAGGUCGAUCUCCGUUCCGUGUUUUUCGCCGUUGUCAUUGUCGUAAUCGUCUUGGUAUUGGCAUAUCUCACCAACCCUUCUGAGACCUCCUUUCGAACUCAUCUCACCGAGCUGCACAUUAAGGAGCACAUCAGGCAACUGGAGGGUGCCCAGGACGACAGCUCUGCUUCCGAAGGCUCCGCUGCGCACUUCACUCUUUCACGCAGAACCCCACCAAUCGCGCGGAAGCUAGGAAGCAACUUCGACCCAAGGUCGCCUUUCCACUUCGUCAGCCGUGCCUCGGUUUCUCUUCGCACCCCGAAACAUGUCUUUCAGAAUUUCGGCAUUCUGUCGAUAGCUGCAGUCUAUCCACCGAGCCGCUAUAGUGCGCAGGGAAACGGUCACGCGGCACAGACCGAGAACCUCAGCCCCUCUGUGUUCGAUGCGUGGUACAUCGGCGUGUUCGGGACUUGGUGGCGAGGUGGCAUUGUGCAAAGUUGGUGGCAUGAGAUGCUGGAGAACACUAAGGAGAGGUGCGGAUCUGGUCUCUUGGAUAUCAAGGCACUCGAUGUCCUCGAGGGAUUUGACGGUCUUCCUCUACCUACCUCGUCACGUCUGCCUACAGAAGCUCCCAACAAGCUAAGGGGAACCGAGAGAUCGACGCAGCGAUCCACGAGCAAUGCACCUCGCAGCACCACCCCUCCCCCUCUUCCGAAGUCCGCAUCGCUUCCCCUCCAUGCCCCUAGAGUCCCUGCUUCAACCCCUCCGAAGGGCAACGGAGGUCCUAAUCAGCGUCAUGCACCCAGCGUAAGCGCGCCCGUGACGCCCGAGCAACCGCGACCGCCUGCACCGCCCAUGUUGGCGUACUCCCCGUCGUCAACCUCGUUGUGGGACUCGUCACCGAUCAUCGCUGAAGUGCUGCGUCAGAUAUCGCAGUCCAAGGCCGCGGUGCGCGAGCUCCACAGCCAGCUCAACGACUUCCGCACAGUCUCGUCCGAGUCGCGCUCGUCGAUCCAGAGCGAGCUCGAGGCGCAGCGCGAGCGUAAGCGUGAGGAAGACGCGGCGCGUGCGGAGCUGAAGUCGCGCACGAAGACGCUCGAGGACUCGAGACGCUCAGCGGAGAGCAGCAAGCGCGAUGCGGAGAAGCGUUUGCGGGCUGCGGAGAGCGCGCGCGAUAACGCUACCGCGCGCAUCGAGAAGCUUGGAGAGGAGAUUGGGGUGUUGCGUAGCCGGAUGCGGGACGACGAGUUGGCGGUGGUGAGCUGUAAGGAGGAGGGGGAUGUGAAGGAGAGGGAGGCGCAAGAGACGUUGGAGAAGAAGAGGAAAGAAAUCAAAGUCGCGGAGGACGUCGUUGCCGCUUUGAACAUGCGUGCGAAGGAUCUGGAGGAGAAGAUCGUCCAGGAGGAAGAUCGGCUGCGUCGGGCGAAGGAGCAGGCGGAGAUCAAGAAGCAGGACCGCUCGUUCUAUCCACUCACCGUUGUCCCUACGGUCAACGAGGAAGACGUCGCCAUCCCUCCCUGGAGCUCUUAUGGGCGCCAGAACCAGUCUCAAGACUCCUCUCCAGACUCGGUCACUCAACACAGCGGCGAAGAUAUCGACCGCCAGGAAGCGUUUCCCCAUCCCAUCCAAGCCCCGAAGAGUAAAGGUUCGGUCUCUUCUGGCUCCGGAAGCAGCGACGCGAGAGAGCCCUCAAUCUCCCCGCGUCCUGCACGCCUGUCUCUUACGGCCAUCUCCAACCUGCGCGAGCCCACCACUCGCGUCCUUCCAGAGCCUGAUCCCAACGGCCAAGUCCUUUUGCGCCCUCGCGGUAUUACGCUCUUAACCAGCGACCUGCCCACGCUCUCUACAAACUCGACGUCUACACGUUUUUCUCCUUUCGGCGACAGCGAUGGGCAAGAAGCUCUUUCACCUGCGGAUGGUCUCAACCCCCCGAGCAGCAUCUCACCCUCGUCGUUCAUCCCGAGCAGUCUCAUCCACUCUCUGGACGGCGCAGGCGGCUUCGAUAUGAAUCUCUCACGCUCAUUCCAGAGUGAGGACGACGCCGUUCUGUCACGCGACUGGCGUAAGAAUGCUCCAUUUCCUCGCCCGCUGCCUGUUGAGAGCCCUGGCACAGGGCAGUACACGACAUCUCCGUCGUCAUUGACCUGCCCCUCCUUCGAGGGCGUGGACAAGGAGGACCCAUUCGAAGUCCGUCCCCUGCCUACUCGCCGCCGCCUCACGUCGGAGCUUAUGGACCUCCAACGCGCGACGCUCCCGCCCAACCGCACCAUCUCGGACCCGCUGCUCCCGCCCGCCGCCCUUAUGGUUGCAGUGGCGGACCACGAGAGUCAAGACAAAACCGGGCUCGCGCACCGCAGGUGGUCCUCACAACAAGACGCGCCUGGCAAGGAGCGCAAGGGGCUCAAUCCCGAAGCGAAGGCGUUCUCACUCACUAAGCGCACCUUCCCCUCGCUGUACCCUUCGCCGGUGCCCCACCCGCACGCGUUCGACCCGCUCGGGCCAUCCCCGUUGGGCAUUCCAAGCGUCGUGCCCGAGCCGGACGGCGGGAAUCUCUUCUCGUCCAUCUCGAUGCGCGCAUUCGCGCCGUCGCCUGCCGAGCGCGAGGCUCUGAAGCGCGCCCUGGGAGGGUCGACGAACGCGAGCCUUGAGCGUCUCCCGACGCUCUCCGAGGUGUCGUCCGUGUCGAGCAGCAUCCCGAGCAUCCCGAGUCUCAGCCUGAGCUCCAGCUCGCCGUCCUCCCCGUCGCACAGCCACUCCCACGCGCAUGCGGUCCCGGCGCCUCCAGGCCUAGGAGCCCCCGCUGGUCUUGGGCUCGGGAUGGGCGUGAACAAAGACGCCAGUCUGGUGGGCCUUGGGCUCGGGACCGGGCGGACGCUCCUUGGGCCCUCGCUCUCGUGGCUGCAGAACUUGCCUCGCGGGCGCAAGCCGAAGUUCAGCCCGUGGGAGGACGAGGAGACGAAGGAGCUCGAGGUGGGGAGCGGCGGUCAGUAG